GCGAAAUCUACUACACGUACACGCAAAAUCUAUGCCGCGGCGUACGCUUCGUACGUACGUUGAUAAUUCGAAGACAAUAAAAUAUUCCAAGCCGAAUAUUCCGUCUCUCGUCUCUUGUCAAAGUGUUUCCCUCACUUCGUCACAAGUGUUUCCUUCACAUUUUUUGCAAUGGCUUGGAUAAACAGUGAUCGUGAUUGUUUGUACUCACGUGCUUUAUAACGAGCAUCGUUCCAGAAAGUGUAUCACUGUGCAUCGUUUCGACAUUUUUGUUUAACAACGGCAACGCCAUAAAUCGCCGGUAGAAAAAUAUGUCUGAUAGAAACUGAAGGGAAUCGCGAGUUUCGAUGUGAACGUGCGUAAAGUUUACCAACAGCAGAACCGUUCUAUUUGGAGCGAAAAUAGAACGCUCUCUCCAACUGUCUCUUUUUCUCUUGGCGCACACGAGCAUUCACCCUCGUUCGACCCAAGAAUAUCCCGCUGGAGAACAGCGUCGAGCGGGAAGAACCUUUCCUUGCCUUGUAAUCGGCAUCAAGCAGUGCAACGCGACGUCGACGAAACCGAAACCGCGUAGUCUGUUUCGUAGCUUGUGAAAUAUACUUGAAGAGCUUAUACACAGCGGCCCAAAGACAGAGUCGUCACAAGCUGGUGAAACUGAAGAGCCUGCAUUCUCCAUUUUGUUUCGUCUAUUUAGAAUAGUCGUCGCGCGAGUGCAAAGCUACGGAAUCUUAAGCGAACGCUUAAGUGCCUUUACGUCGAGCGAAAGUUCCCGAACGCAAAUAUCCUCGUACAGAUUCUUCUCUUUCAUUGUUCUACGAAUAUCACGUUCAACCGUAACGCCAAAAUAAUCCUUCUUCAUCGAGAAAAAUAAUAACUCCUCGUUCUAUGUCAUUUAGACGAUUAAAAUGUUAGUGAAAGUACAAUAUGAACGAAUGACAUCGAAACACAGCUGAUUUCGAAUCUUCAACCAACGCUAAAGUUCUGCGAAAGUCGAAAUCUUCGGCAAUCAGGCGAGAGCAUCUCCCCUUCGCAUCCGGCGCAAGGACGGAAGCAAUUGCAACGGUGAAAAAUUAUUUUUACUCCGGCAAAACGGUUUCGGGCCCGCGUGACUCGGUCGAAAGAGAGUCGAGCCCGAAGGUGGAACGGUGAAAAUCCAUUGCUACGGUUUCCGGCUGUCCACCAAUCGAACAAAUGUCGAGGAUGCUGCGACUGGAAUUGUUCGGACUUGUGUUGCUGGCCUGCACCCAGAUCCUCACGGAACACCGCAGUUUUUACGACACCGUACCGCAGUACGGCUACUCCAGGCUACCCGAUGUUCCGGAGCGCACCAGGGAGGUACGCGUCAAACAGGGUCGUUUACGCGGAAUCGUGGUGCAACCGAGGACCGCCUACGAUCUGCAGCCGGUCGAUGUUUUUCGAGGAGUUCCGUACGCAGAGCCACCGAUCGAGUCCUUAAGAUUCUCUCCUCCAAGAUCACCGGAACCAUGGCGUGGUUCACGACAAUUUCAAGAAUUCGCGCCUGUUUGCCCUCAAUUGUUGCCGAACUUGCAAGACGAAGUGAAACCAGUUAGAUACGAGUACCUAAAGAAGCUUCUGCCAUACCUAGUGAAUCAGAGCGAAGACUGCCUUUACCUCAACAUCUAUACACCCCAUCAACCUGAAGGUCAAAAGACUCUGCGGAAGUAUCCCGUGAUGGUGUUCAUUCAUGGGGAGAGCUUUGAAUGGAACAGCGGCAACCUUUACGACGGCACUAUAUUGGCAUCUUAUGGCAACGUCGUCUUUGUCACUAUCAACUUUCGUCUGGGCAUUCUCGGUUUCUUGAGACCUGGAAUCAGAGACGAUACGACGAGUAAUUUCGGGUUGCUGGAUCAAAUAGCAGCGCUACUUUGGUUAAGAGAGAACAUCGCUGAUUUUGGUGGCGAUCCAAACAGCAUAACGCUGGUCGGCCAUGGUACUGGUGCCAUUUUUGCUAACCUGCUGCUUAUCAGCCCGGUGGCUAAUAAGAAAGGUCUCUUCAAACGAGCUAUACUGAUGUCUGGAUCAGCGUUAAGCGCCGAUGCUAUCGGGAAAGCGCCCUUACAAAUCACCAAACAGGUGGCGCACGCCCUCAAUUGUCCCACCACGACUGACAGUGACCUGGCAUUGUGUUUACGUGGCCAAGAUGUAAGCGCGUUGUUGAACGUGAAGAUCCACAAGCCGAAUUACGUUCCAGCAUUCGCGCCGCUAAUUGACAAUGUGGUUAUCCCGGAUAAGCCUUUAAAUCUGAUGAAAAACUCUGAGCUAUUUGGCAGAUUUGAUCUGAUGUACGGCGUCACGGAAUCGGAGAAGUUUCAUAUUUUGUCGCCGAUAGCGUUGCUACACGGGAUGGUGGACGUGCAGAGAGACGAAGUUUUACGAGAACACGCCAAGGCAACGCACGAACUGGAAGCGGAGCUAAUUCUGUCGAAGAUUCUGGAACAAUACGGCGAUUUCUCCGGCUUCACGAACGACUACACCUUGAAGAAUCGGGAUCUCGUUCUAGACGCGCUAUCUGACAGCGGCACCGUCGCGCCAUUAAUUAUGACCGCGAAUUUGCACUCGAGGGCGAAUCCGAAGAGCUACAUGUACGUCUUCUCGCAUCCGAAAGCGAUGCAGGAGUACUCCGGCCAACAACGUCAGUGCACCGUGCACGGUGAGGAACUGCCCUAUGUUCUCGGCGUCCCUCUCGACAGCAGCAAAUACGACCAGCGUCGCCGAUACAAUAUCGGCGAAAUACUCUUUUCCGAAGCAAUGAUGAACUGGUGGUGUAGCUUCGCGUACGUUGGGAAUCCAAACAUCGCAAAGCGGUAUCCUUACCUGACGGAUGAUCCGAAGGAAUGGCGCCAGUACGAUAUCGAUUGGCCCGAGUACGAACCUCAAAAUCAGACCUACCUUAAUCUCACGAUCCCACCGAGCACCAGCAGGCGUUACCGAUCUGCAGAGAUGCAAUUUUGGAACGAGGACGUACCUUAUCUGCUUCGUCCUCCCGGUAAAGGAGGAUCGUUGCCGAUCCGGCCGAAAGGACCGAGGCCGCAGAUUCUCGACAUCGCGGAUAGGAUCGGAAAGUACGCGAAUGCGAGCCGAGAAUAUGACACCUAUGGUUCCAGAUUUAAGGCCGACGAUCGCUACGAGCCGUCGACAACUCCGGAUUCCACAACUUCCUCGCAAUCGGACGAAGAAGUGAUACCACAGCCAAGCGCGCCGAAGAGUUCCUCCGUAAUCACUAUGCUGGCCGGUUUCGGGCUGGUGUUCUUGUUGAUCAAUUUCACGGCGUUCCUCUACCUGUAUUGCAAGAAGCACGACGCAAAGUCGAAAGGGACAGGGGUGAAGAGACGCGGCAGCCAGAAAGAGGACUCGACGAAACGUGCGAAAUCGGACAAGUACGAGAAUCACUACGGCGAGCUGGGUUACAAGAGUGACAGCAAGCCGGAUCUGAACGACGUGAUAAAGAACGACAAGGCGUACGACAACAACUCGAACUUUGGCAGACGAUCGAAAUUGUCCAGACAGAACUCUGGAUCCACUAUUGACACGCACGUCAAGGUUAGGGAAUGGAUACAACAGGAGAUCGUGCACAGGUGUUCCCCGAGGUUUCUAAGGAAAACGCGUGAAACCCUGCAAAAGGAGCACCAGGACAAACUGACGAAACAACAAGAAGUGGAGAAGAAGAGAUUGGAAGAAGCACUGUCGAAAGAAAGGAAAGAGGAGCCGAUCUACGACAAAGAUCCAACAUUGGUUGUACGCCCUGGCAAGAAAUCAAAGGUCCCAAAGGUCUCCGUAGCCAUUGACGCCACACCAGCGACCAGAACCGAAUCGAUUCUGAACCAGGUGCCUAUCGAGCUGGCGAAGGUCGUCGAACCGGACGACACGUUCAACAAGAACGUCGACUGUCCAACGAUCAGUUUCACCCAGUUACAGACAGCUCCUCAAGUGGUUGUCAUAGAGCACCAUCACUCGAAGAGCGACCCGUUGCCAAUGGAAAACGUGUUGAAGAGCGUGAAGCCGAAUUUCUCCACGCCCAGGAUCUACGAGUCCGAUUCCGGUAGCGCCAGCAGUCUUUACGCGAAGAUCAAUCCAAAGUUGAAGUCUCGUUUGCCUCGUCCCGAACUGCCACUGAAUCCUGAUGGAUCGACGGUGGUGGAUCAGACCGAGGAGAUUUACAUGAAGAUGGGGCCAAAGUUAACCACGUUCAGUGUGAACAGUCCGCCGGGUUGCGAUAUAAACGUGACCUGCAGGGAGCCCGUGGCGGAGAGGGAGUGCGUCAGCCCGGAGGAAGCCCUGAGGACGAUCAAGCGCAGAAAUUACCCGAAAGUUCUGCCAGACAUCGAGAAAAGACGGUCCCUCCCGGCGCCGAGCAGCUUGUUUUCGUCCAAGCAGCAUGUUGGCUCGCUGAAGGAUUACAGGAGCGGAAUGCAUUCGUCUUCGUCCUCUCAUCAGCCACCUCAACCUCCACCGAGGAUGUUUGGCCCGUCCAAGAGUCUCGAGUUUGCAGAGGAGAACGAGAACCAGCACGAGCCGGAAUCGGUCAUUACCAAUCUCCACGUUGGCACGUUGCUCAGAAGGCAAGAUUACACGACGAAGAACAAUUCCGACCCGAGUAUCAUCGACUCUCUGGACGACAGGAUAGACAGGACUAGAGCGCAAGCUGGUGGAAGCGUCGACACUAUUUAUUCGAAUGCCCUGUCUUGCGUGCAAGAGGCGAUUCAGCCGAUCUCCCACAGCGUAGACAAGAACAUAGGAAACCCGAUUGCCCUGCUGGAGGCGGGAAUCGGCAAUCCUAAUUGGUACAAAACUUCCCUGUCUGGAAACGAUACCUCUAUAGCGACAGCGUCGUCUGAACCAGGAAUCACUGGCAAAGAAACGAACAAACAGCCUGAAUUCGGUGGCUCGAACUGGGACACGAGGUUCGUCGGGGUGGAACCAAGGAUCGUCAUCACACCUAGAGUUGGGAAUCUGUUGGAACAGGCGAACCAGAACUUGAGUCAAGUCGUGGUGAGUCUAGCGGAUACCGCUUCCGACGAGAAGCUGCAUCGAGAAGCAAAACUCGCCGCUCCCCUGGAAUCGAACACGUCUGGUAGAUCCAACGCAAGCUCGGCGGAACAAUUGCAGUCAGACUCGUUAGGUUCGUGCUCCUUUCCGGAUUCCAGAUCGCCAAAUAUCGUCAGCCAGGAACGAAAAGAACCGCGAAUAAUAAUUACAGCGAGGGACGCCAAGGGCGGGCCCUCGAACUUGAAGCAGCCGAAAAUUAUCAUCAAGCCGACGUCCACUCUGCAGAGGAGCAGGGAUCACAGAAAUAUUCCGAAAGUGUCUGCUAUCCCGCCUCCAGAGCAAAGUUGCCAGAGUAUCGAUAGGGACAAGUUGGCGGAGCAGAGAGAGAAGCCACCCCUGAAGGAGAAGCCGAAGGUCACGAGGAUUCCGUCGUUUUCCAGACGCAGGGAUGAACCUGCCGGCGAAAUUGAGAGGCCACCCAUUCCACCGUAUCCCGAGAAGACGGAAAUCGUGCAUAGGGUGGAGGCAGUGGCCGGGGGCAAAGUGGUGAACGUGUCCGUGGCCAGCGAUGGCAAGUCGAGCAUUCCGACGCUGCAACGGAAGGAGAGCGAGAAAUGUUCGAGCGCGGAGUCGACCAACUCCGGGGCCUUGAACACGGGCACGAUCAAAAAGAAACCGCCGGGAGUAGUUUUCUAUGUUUGGAAUCAGCAAUCCUCUGAUCCGCGUGACGCUGUAAUUCUUUGGUGACAGCUGAAACAGGGAGGUAGAUAGCGGUAAUUGUUUCUUGUCUGACUGGACGAAGGGGGAGAAUGUUGCGAGAACGGUGGAGAAGGAUGAAUGACUUUGGUAGAGCUUAGGGACCACGAAAUUGAAAGUGUGUGUGUUUGUGUGUGUAUGUGAUAAGAUGUUGUUUGACGUCCGAAUCCCUUGAGUUACGAGCAGACCAGGCCGAUAUGAAAUGCCGGGUGUCGAUUGAAAUGAUAGAGGGAAGAUAGUGAAAUUGUGAUCGAGAUUCUCGUAGCGGCAACACGUACGUAUAACGAUGGAUUUUAAUACAACGUAACGAUUUAAAGAUAUUUUUUCGCACGAUAUCUAGCAUUUUAACGUUUAAACGACACAAUUUGUAGCAAACAAAUACUUUUUAUACUGUACUCUAUGAUAUUAAUAAUUGUCAAAACAGAUUUUAAUUUGCCUGAGCAACUUAUUCCAAUUUGAAGGAAAAUUGCAGGAGAAUUUCAAACAAAGUCCCGAGACGCGACACGCUUUCCUAAUCCCUAUUAAACAACGUUGCGUUUAAAUCGUUCAUGAAAUCGUCUAUUUUACAAACGACAUUCCUACUUCUCUUACGGCUUUUUCAGAAUUUAAACAUUAUUAAAAUUUUCCUUGAAAUAUCACUGUUUAGCCCGAUAGUUGAAACUAUCCAUUGCAGCUUAAGAUUAUACUCAGUUACGUGUCUGUGUGCUGAACGUUAGUUACCUUUCGUUAUAUUUUUAAUCCUUCCUUCGUUUAACGAGAAAGACUGGUGUUCCUCUUUCGGUUUAGAUCGCGUUCUCGCUUUAUUUCUCGUUUAAAUAUCCCCAUACUCUCUCUUUUUUUUUUUUUUUUUUAUCGAACGUCUUGUUCGCUCUUGGUUUAACGCGUACACGAGGCUGAAAUAAACGAUUUUCAUACUUCUCUAGCGCGGGGGGCAACGUGGGCUGAAAGUGUUUCCCUGAGCGGAGUGUCGCGGCGAGUCUCUGGUUAUCAUUUUUCAGUACGCGGCUGGCGUACCAUUUAUCUUGCAACUUUACCUUUAUCCAGCGGAACUUUAUUAUUAAGUAAAACAAAGUCUAUAAGUCACAGAGCGUUGCCGGGAAGGUGGGAGGCUGUCUGAAGUAAGGGCUUCGUGGAAGAAGUAGCAGGGGCUGGAAAUGACGUGAAAAUGGCCACCGACUUCGCCACUCAUACACUAAACCGUUUCCUGCACCACGUACGUCCGCGAAUCCAAUUGAUUCUCGAACUUCUGCCAGGCUAAUACGAUUCUCCUACCGAUCGAUAAAGAAAGCUUCAUUUUAUUCCGAUCUUUCUCCUGCUAUCGCACAGCCGUUUCACGAACAAGUUUAACGCGGAACAUCGUCACCGACGAGGCUCUGCAUCUUUAAUUUUCACGUUGGUUACAUGCCUGCGAGUUCGUUGUUUCCUGUUGAGUUUGGUCAAACAUCGUACUUUACGUAGAAACGUAAUAACGUAAUAUUUGUGUGGCAGUUGAAACACAGCAUGCUUCGUGCAAACUCGUGAUUUUAUAUACGAUAGCAAAACGGACGUGUAAUUCGAAUGUUGUGCUCGCGUAUUAAUUUCACUGCAAUUGUGUUUAUGUACGUAAUCGAGGCUAAUGCCACUCGCAUUUUCCUUUUUACUCGGUCGUGUGUGUGUGUGUAUUUUUUUCAUUAUUAUACGAUCAAUCGAUAAAUCGAGCAUGCCAUCAACUCAUACUCGACUGAAAUAUCGUUUUGGCUGUGCACACGAGAAUACUGUGCCAUAAAAUGUGUAUCGCUCGUUGAAACAAUGGGAUACAAGUGAGUCGGUGAUGCUUUAAGAGCCCUUUAUCGCACGAAUGGUGCAAAUAUCUCUUUGUCACAUUUGUCCGGAAGAUAUAUACUGGAUGUUAGUCAAAUUCACGGAUAUUUUCCCAAAGAUUCAACCUGCGCGUUUCAAAGAAACGGCAUCGGAAUUUUAUCAACCGCGAAAUGCUGUUCCACGGUCUCGGGGAAAAAACGAGCGAACAGUCUUUCCGCUGUGAGAAAUGAAGAACGUUGAUAGAAAUAUGUUGGCGUUCUUUUUAUCAAAAGGAUUUAAUUUUGUACGUUUCAAUUUUUUUUUUUUUAUUAAUAAUUGAUAUACUUAAAAUAAAAGCAGGCUUUAAUAAGGGAA